AUGGGCUGUUUGCAGUCCAAGACUGCUAAUGUUCAGUCCCCUGACAAGCUACCUUCACAGCCCGACUCCAAACCAGAUCUGGAAAAUGGGGACCAAAUGGAUCAAGAUCAAGUGCCGGCCUUUAAAGAAUUCGGGCUUGCAGAGCUUCGCGCCGCAACAAACGGUUUUAGUAGUGAACUUAUAGUUUCAGAGAGUGGUGACAAAGCUCCUAAUGUUGUCUACAGAGGCAAGCUUAGCAGUAACAGGCUUGUUGCCAUCAAGCGCUUUUCGAAGCAAUCGUGGCCUAAUCCUCAGCAGUUUGUGGCAGAGGCUGCUGGAGUUGGCAAGGUUAGGCAUAAAAGGUUGGUGAACAUGAUUGGAUGUUGUGCUGAAGGCGAUGAACGACUGUUAGUUGCAGAGUACAUGCCUAAUGAUACGCUGUCUAAGCACCUCUUUCACUGGGAUAAGAAGCCCCUGUCAUGGGGAAUGCGUGCGAGAGUCGCAUACCACAUAGCACAAGCUCUUGACCACUGCAAUGCCGAAAAUAGGAAAAUCUAUCAUGACUUAAAUGCCUACAGAGUUCUUUUUGAUGAGGAUGGUGAUCCGAGGUUGUCAAGUUUUGGCUUGAUGAAGAAUAGUAGGGAUGGGAAGAGUUAUAGUACGAAUUUAGCAUACACCCCUCCCGAGUUUUUGAGAACAGGCAGGGUCAUUCCAGAGAGUGUCAUCUACAGUUAUGGAACAGUUCUUCUCGAUCUUUUGAGUGGAAAGCAUAUCCCGCCUAGUCAUGCUUUGGAUUUAAUAAGAGGCAAAAACAUCUUAAUGCUGAUGGACUCAUCUCUGGAAGGGCAAUAUGGUAAUGAAGAUGCAACCGCAUUGAUCGAGCUCGCCUCAAAGUGCCUUCAGUAUGAAGCUAGAGAUAGGCCUGAUAUUAAGUUUCUUCUUACUGCAGUUGCACCCCUUCAAAAGCAGACAGAGGUUGCCUCACAUAUACUGAUGGACCUAGUGAAAAACCCCGUGGUUUUACCGACAAUGCUUUCUCCUUUGGGAAAGGCUUGUGCAAGAAUGGAUCUUACUGCAGUGCACGACAUUUUGCUGAAAACGGGUUACAAAGAUGAAGAGGGUGCGGAAAAUGAGCUUUCCUUCCAAGAAUGGACACAGCAAGUUCAAGACAUGCUGAACACGAAAAAAUCCGGAGAUAUUGCUUUCAGGGACAAGGACUUCAAGAGCGCCAUCGAAUAUUAUUCCAAACUUGUAUCAAUGAUGACUGUACCAUCUGGGACAGUAUCUGUGAGACGGGCCCUCUCCUACUUGAUGAUGGGCCAGCCUGAACUAGCCCUUAGAGACGCCAUGCAGGCCCAAGUUUGCUUGCCCGAGUGGCCCACGGCCUUCUACUUACAGGCUCUUGCCCUAUCUAAGCUGGGGAUGGAGACUGAUGCUCAGGACAUGCUGAACGAUGGAGCCUCCUUCGAGGCUAAGAAGCUAAACAGCUGGCGAAACUAA